AUGCAAGCCGGUGGGCGUAGCAAAGUCCCUGGGCCACGGGACAAAAUGGUGACAAACAACCCCGUUGCCUCUGACAAUGCGACAAUGACACCUGGACCCAUAUAUCUGCCGUCACAGACAUCCAAAUCUCCCUCUAUUUCCACCCCCCGACAUUCCUCAACGUCUGCAACUCCAACUCGAUAUCGGACUCCACGAGGAUCCAUCAGCAAAAUAAUAAUAUUUUUAGUCGGAAAAAUCCUCGGCGUUGAAUCCGAUACAUCAAAAGCUGACCCCUUCACAACUUUUUGUUGCGGAGAGCAUAGUUCGUAUCGCCAUCGGAUAAUGGCGUCACUCCAGCCCUCUGAGUUUGACUCCGCCGCCACCGACUCGGUCGCGUCGACCCCGCGCUCGGACCAUCCGUCCCACGAUCUCAACUCACGUGUACGGUUCAUGUGCAGCUUCGGCGGCAAGAUCCUGCCUCGCCCGCACGACAAUCAGCUUCGCUAUGUCGGCGGCGAUACCCGAAUUGUUGCUGUGCAUCGCACCACCUCUUUCUCCGCCCUUCUCUCGAAGCUCUCCAAACUCUCAGGGUUGAGUAACGUAACGGUGAAGUACCAGCUGCCGAACGAGGACCUGGACUCGUUGAUUUCGGUCACCACGGACGAGGACGUUGACAACAUGAUGGAGGAGUACGUCCGCAUCACACAGAAUCAAAACCCAAAAUCGGCGCGGCUCCGCCUCUUUCUCUUCCCCAAAGGCGGCGACGACGACUCGAUUAACUCGCGAUCCUCCAGCAUCAGCUCGCUCCUCGGCGGCUCCGCCAACCGCGAGCACUGGUUCCUCGACGCGCUCAACAGUGGUGCGUCGAAUUCCGCUAUGCUCGAGCGGGGCCGCUCCGAAGCUUCUUCGAUCGUCUCCGAAGUGCCUGACUACUUAUUCGGGUUGGACAACUCUGACGACACUCACUCACGCGGCGGCGAUUUCAAACCGAAGGCUCGACCCGUAUUGAACGACAACGUGUCGGUUUCGGAUCCGGGUUCUCCUGCCCCGGUCACUUCCUCGCCGUUCUGCUCGACGUCGUCUGUGCCAUCCGUCCCGUCGAUGCCGAGUCUUCCACCGGUGAAGACCCGACCCGAUUCCAAUAAAUUCAUGGAGACGAAAGAGAAUCAAUCGGAGGCGUUUACCGAGACGGUUGAGUUGCCCGUGUCGCAAGCAACUGGGUUCGCGAGCAACCCUGGGGUGCAGUAUAUGCCGGAUCCUAAUUACCAGGGUCAUAUGGUCCGGUCAGCACCCGUCUAUUAUUAUCCGGGUCAGGUUCCACCCUCAAACGUACAAGUCCAACCUGUUCCGAUUCGGAGUCAGUUUGUUCAUCAGCAAUACCACCAGGUAGCGAGUCAGAUUCCAGUCGGGUACCAUAACCCAAUACCGGGUAUGGGUCAAGUAUAUGGUGGCGGGUUGGGGCCAGUGGUGGCGAUGGACCCGUAUGAAGUGUCAGCUCGGGUGGUUUCCGAUGGAGUGAGCCACCAGCAGCAGCAGGUGUACUAUGGAGUGAGGAAUGGUGCGGUGGUUUCGCCGUAUAAUCCAGGAAUGGUGGUGCAAUCGGGGGAGGAAUGGCAAGGACCCGGACCCGAUAAGAAUACGGAUCAAGCUCCGUAUUCAUCAUCUUGAUCAAGGCAUGAAUGAAACAAACAUCUAGUUACUGUGGUUUGAAUUGUUAUUUAUUUUAUAAUUUUGUGAUUGCUUGAUGAUUGGUCGAUGAGUGAGUGAUGAUCCAAACUGUAAUUAGCAUUUUGAACUUGGUAUUGUGAUGAAAUUAUGAAGGGUUGUUUUUACCUUGUUUUGAUUUUCAUGGGAUAAAUGGUGUAUAUGGAAAAGUGUGAACUUUUGCUUUCAAAGGCUUUCCCUUUAUCUUUUGUGAAUAUGAAAGUUGUUUUUUCUUAAA